UUCCGAAACUGUCCGCUAGAGGUCGUUCGUUACCGUGAAAUUUAGGUUCACAAUGUUUACAAGUAGUGAACUGUCAAAGUCAGAUGGUAGAUGACUUUAUUGAUGUAAGGAAACUUCCUCUUUCCUCAGUUUAUCAUUUUUAGUGUAUUAGUACUGCUCCUCGAUGUUGUUGCAGUCAAACCAUGUCUCUGUAGAUCUGAUAUUUUUCUUUGAGCUUCUUGUUGUUUAGUCUUCAGCAUCCACAAACAUUAUGUCUUUCUCUUCGAUAACCCACGUAACCGAAGUACUAGGAAUUCCUCAACAUUAUUUGCGGAGGUCCAAUAGAGAUUGUACCGUUGAUGCAACUGUUCAUAAAACAUGGCUCAAGUCUUUAAUUCAUACAUGUCAAGCUCCUGAGUUUACUCAUCAUGAGACUUACGGAGAUGAUGAGGUUCAGUCUUGGGUACAACAAGGAGAGGACUUAGGGCAAGAUUGGCGUCGCUUUCAUUUGAGGGUCAUUCUGAAGCAAGCUAAGCAAGUCAUUCCUCUUCCUCGUUUGCGUUCUUCUAUCAGCACUAACGAGAAUAAUUCAACUGAAACCAUUCUCUCUUAUGGUGAAUUACUUCAUUAUAUAAGCCACACUAACCAUCGAAACAUGUGGAAGGAUAUGUACAAAAAAUAUUUUCCUGAUCGCAACAUGGUCAAGGAAUCAAAUGAUGAGCCCCAUAUCAAUAUGACCAGCUUUGAGUUAACUUUGAGGGACAUCAUUUCUCGCACUUAUGGUUGUCCAAUUAUCAGUUUAACUGGAAGUCCAGAUCUUGACUUUGGGCUGCGGAACAGACGAAUUAUGCUCAAGCUAGACCCUCAUUGCAAUAUUUUACCAGCUGUUGUUGCAGUUGAAACUGAUACAUCAUUUAUCAUAUUUUUUCAACCCUUCAUUGCUCAUUCAUUGCAGGAUUGUGUGAGCUUUAGCCCUGCUGUACUUGGGUCUUGCCAUACGAAGCCUCUCUUUAUUUUGUAUCAGUUGGUGCAAGUUAUGUGUGCCUUACAUGAUAGAGGCCUUGUUCUUGGAAAUAUAUCGUUAAGUGAUAUCCUCCUGUCUGAAAAUUUGUGGAUUCAGGUCAUUCCAUUCAUAGAGGACAAUAUUUAUGAUGUACCCUUAAGAUCAGAGCAGCUCUCCAAAACUUUUGCUAAAAGUGAUAAUAUUGGCAAAGAGUCUGCUAAUUCUUCUUUUUUGGAUGAUCCUAUUAUUCAGAAAGAUAACUCUCAGUGCUCUGAUGAACAAAAUAUUGAUAGAGAGAGUAACACAAACCAGGAAUGUACACGGGAGCGAUGUAUUGGUUUAGAGAAGGCCUGUCAUUUAUGGAUCACUGGUCAGAUGUCCAAUUUAGAAUAUUUGACCCAACUCAACCACCUAGCUGGACGUAGGCAUGGAGACCCCACUUGCCAUCACGUUCUUCCCUGGGUUUCAGAUUUUUCUGCUCCAAAUGGUGUGAAUUGGCGAGAUUUCACAAAAUCUAAAUUCCGUUUAAACAAAGGGGAUCGGCAACUUGAUCUCACUUAUGAUGUUGGAGUUGGAAGUGCGCAGGUUCCCCAUCAUGUGUCAGAUGUAUUAUCUGACAUAACAUACUAUGUUUAUCUAUCAAGGAGAACUCCAAAGUCUGUUUUGUGCAAGGUAGUCAGGUCAACAUGGGUACCAGCAGAAUAUCCUUCAUCCAUUCAAAGAAUGCAGGAGUGGACUCCUGAUGAAUGUAUACCAGAGUUUUUUACAGAUCCCACUGUCUUCAAGUCUACACAUGAAGAUUUACCAGAUUUGGAAGUACCUAGUUGGGUUUCCAGUCCAGAAGAAUUUGUUGAGAGACAUAGAGAAAUGUUAGAGUCUCCUCAUGUUUCUGAACGUCUCAACCAUUGGAUUGAUCUAACAUUUGGAUACAAGCUUUCUGGAGCUGCAGCAGUAAAAGCCAAGAAUGUAUGCCUUCACUUAGUGGACAGUCAUACCACUUUAAACAAUUCUGGAGUGGUACAACUCUUUACCCAACCCCAUCCUCAGAAGGUCUGUGCCUCACCUUACUGGGGAAAAGUGCCUCCCCGAAUAUUUUCAUCACUCAGAAGCACAAAAGUUGACCGGGAUAUCGGGGAAGAGGAUCUUUGUGGGUCUGGAUUUGAAGAUGAUGACCACUCUUUAGCGCAGUCUAGUGUUCCAAAUAAGCCUUCUCCUUUGGCUCUUAGUCGCUUUCUCAGUCGAUCUCGAGGAUCCCUUUUGACACCUUCUGCUGAGGAGUGUCCGAGCACUAACGUGAUUCCCAAAGCUGCUUCAACAAAUGCACAAAACAACAUUACAAAUGUUAAUGUCAGCAACUCUACCAUUCACUUGCCUCGUGACUUUCAUCCUACCAGUGCUUUGCAAGCUGUAGAAUCCUUACAUACCUUCUUGGGAAAGACUUUUCACCAUGGUGUUAGUGAGGAAGCUUUCCAAACUAAUGAUAUUGACCAAAAACCUUUGACAAGGUACAAAUUACAAAUUGUUGCCUCAAAACGGUUGAGAGAAAUGCAGGUUCUUGGGUGCUUGAUAGUUGAACUUUUUCUAGCUGGAAGGCUAAGAGCAUCAGCCACCUCACAUGAGCAACGUUUACAAGUGUGCCAAUCAGCAGCACGCCAUUGUGGAGAUCAAUUACCUCGUUGUGUCAGGAAAGUUGUCUCUUUAUUGCUGCAAAUACACAGCACAAAUUCUACUAUUCCUGGAGAGGAAACGGACAACUUACCUUUUAGUGGCCCUGGAGUGCGAUAUCCACUGAUAUCUUCAAAUGGGCUUCCUCCUCCUUCGGCUCAUCAGUUUUUGCAGCCUCUGCUGUCAUCAAUGUUGAUUGCAUUCCCUAAGCAAUUUUUGACAGUAUUUGCCCUGUUGAGAAAAUCCCAAGAUUAUUCAUCCCUUUCACGGGAACUAUGUUGGCGAUCAGAAAAUGCGGAGGGUCAAGAGGACGAAAAGUACAUUCUAACCGAAAAGCUCAGGGAAUGUUGGGUGAAAACUGUAGCUCAUGAUUUAACUUUGGUACUCCCACAACUGGACACAUCUUUAGUCCCCCUGUUACUUCCCCACAUUAGACAGUUAAUGGAAGACCCAAACUCUGCCGUCCUUGCCACAUGGUAUCUUUUUGAUCCCAUUGCUCAAGCUCUGGGGCCAUCUGCAACUUGUGGCCACUUGCUGGAAACCAUUGUAAAAUUAUACAGUGAGUUUCGAGUUGGGGAUGAAGCUAUUAAAGACAAUGGUGGAAAUGUUGAUAGUGAGAGGAUUGUGAAUAGGAAUAUGAAACAAGCUAAGCUCUUUCAUAGAACAUUUUUACUGCGUUUGAUUGUUCGUUUUGGAUUAAAAGCAUUCCUUGAUAAUUUUGUCACACCCUUAGUAGAAGCUGUUGGUGGAUACCAUGAGUCUUCACGAAAAUCUAACUCUACAUUUAAUGAUAAGGGAACUCGUUUGCGGAGGCAAAACACAUCAGCUUCUACUAAUUUAAAAUCGUGUGGGCUGAAUGAACCCUCGUUAUUGGAAGGUGUUGAUACAGUGCACCAAGAUUCAUCAGCUGGAAAGUCGUUAAAUUCAGCUGGUUUCCUUUCACCCAUGGAUGAUGAUCUAUCUGGGGGAGAGAAUGAAACUGAAAAUCCUCGAAGAUCCACAUCUGCUGACCUAGGUGGAAAUGGCAUAGAAACUGAGGUGGAGCCAGAAAUGUUUGUUCUUGACACAGAUGAAGAUCCUGCCCCUCUUGAUCGUCUGAUGCAUCAAUUAGAUUUGCAUCCAGAUGAUGGUGAUGACUAUGAAGAUAUGCCCUUGGUUCAGGCAAACGUAUAUGAUACUAAUGCUGGUCCGAAGUCUCCAACAAUACCGAUUCCAGGGAACAGUGAGACCAGCUAUGAUACAGGAAUGCUUUCAAGUGAUGGUGAAGAUCUAAAAAUAAACAAUGAUGGUUUUGAUGGCAAUCUUUCUCAUGCAUCUGUUGUGCAAUCUGAUGAUGAAUGCCAAAAUGAAAUAUCUGGUAGCUCGUCUGUUUUGAAGCUUGACAAAGACUUCAAGGUCAGCGAUGUGAGCACCGACUCUCUAGUGUGGCUUGCACACAGAUUGGGUCCAGUUUUGUCAGCUCGUUAUCUUUCUCGUAAUUUAUUACGAAUGCUUACUCUGUGUUACUUAAGAUCAGAGAAUCUGCAGCCAGUGUCCUCACCUGGUGUUCCUUUCCCAUCACCAGAUAACCUUCAGAUCAUAGGUUGGAAUGUUAUUGGUGACCAUAAUGCUGCUAAUGUUCUUCAUUGCCUAUCAACAAUAUCAGCACUUUAUGGAGAACAGUUAAUUGUACUGCAAUAUCUUCCUCACAUGGGUGAACUAAUAGCUCAUUGCAGAAGAAAACUAACUCUUAACCUUGAGGCAGGAUUAGUUGGGUGUCUUGCUCUUUUGCGUCAUAUCAUCCCUUUCAUGACUGACAAUACUCUGAUGGACCAAUUACAGGAUGUAAUUCUGAAGACAAUCCUCCAUCCUGCAGUUCGAUUACUGUCAACUACAAGAAUGGCAUAUCCAUCUGGAUGGGUGGCUCGUAUGGCAGUAACAACAAAAUUCUGUGAUGCUCUUUACUUACUUUCAUUGCGGCUUGGAAGAGAAAUGACUCACCGCCAUCUUGCUGUACCUGCUUUGCAACGAUUUUUCUUAACAUUUAGUAAAGCCCAUCUAGAUCGUGCAAACGCUCUGACUCUCUCAGCAACACCCAACUCUUAUACAUCAGGAGACGGACCUCUUAUAGAGAGUGUUGCCCAGAGGGAUACUGUGAGCCCACUCAGAUCACUCGAAGAAUCUAGUUAUUUAGAGAUCAGACGCGAUGGAACCAUUACAGAAUGGGCUGUUCGACGUGGUGCUUCAGUGCAGAUAACUCAUGUUAGAAGUCGAUCAAGAAUGUGUGAUAGUGAAUCAGCUGAUUCAUACUCUCCUCCACAACCUGCUCGAAAGCCUCAUCCAGAGGCGGAAGGCAGCUCUGACGCUUUAGAUUCUGACCCCAUCAGAAAACAGGCACAGGAUGAGCUUUGUUUAGUAUUCAGCCCACAACUUGCUCAUCUAGUCUACAUACCAUUUUUCAGAUUCUUGGGGGAGCCAGUUGUGGAACAAGCCCUUAAAAAUCAUCUAUUGAUUCAAGACCUUUGCUUUGAAUAUGAGCAAGAGAUGCAGCAUGCAGCUCCCAGUGGAGUGCCAGAUGACAUGUUUUACCUAUCAGAUUACUUGUCUCCCCCUACUCCUUUAGACAUGGAUAGAGCAGGGUCUGGAAGUUUUGGGACCAAUGUUGCCUUAAUUGGAAAUCGCAUUGAGUUACAGCGUCCAGAUAUACAGAGUGGUGGCUCAAGUAUCGAACAGGUGCAACAUGAAGCCAUGGCUCAAGCUCACCUGCGUGUGGAAACCAGCUCGACCAGACAUCUCAGAGGAAAUUGGCUUGCUUAUUGGGAGCAUGAAAUUGGCAGGGCAGAGAAAGAUUGCAGAUUCAAUUUCAAACAAAUUAAACUACAAACUUUUACUGGGCAUACAAAUGCUGUUCGAAGUAUUGUUGCUUUGGGUAAUGAAAACAGCUUUUUAAGCGGAAGCCGAGACAAAACUGUGAAGUUAUGGUCUCUCAGAAGUCAGGGUGAUGGUAGUACAGUCUCUCAAUGUCAGUGGAAUUUCUCAGGACAUAGGAAAUCAAUUAUUUCUCUGACAUUCAUUGAAUCAUUGAGACUAGUGGCAUCAUGUGAUUCUGUUGUGCAACUGUGGGACCCAUGGUAUGGCAAAGUGGUUUGCAAUCAGCCUGGAGAACUGCUUGGAGGGUCCACCACUACGCGUAGUCCACCUCCAAUCAAUGUUUUGCGAGCUUUACCAGCUCCAUCUCCUGCCAUUUUAGCUGCCACUACAGAUUCUACUUUGCGUCUUUUAGACGCCCGUUUAUCUCUUUAUGUGAACCAAUUAAAGGUAUCUUUGACCCCUGUUGGCCUUGUCAGGUGCAUGGCUAUUGGUCCAAGUGGUUUCUGGGCAGCUGUUGGCCAAUCAUCCGGAUUCCUCACUAUACUUGACAUACGUACAGGCCUUAUCAUUGCAUCAUGGAAAGGGCAUGAAGGAGAAGUACUUCAGUUGGUUGCAGUAAAUGACACUACAUUAGUUAGCUCUUCCUUGGACCAAACAGUUUCUGUAUGGAAUGCUAUUGAUGGUAAACUGAGAUUUCAUCUGAGAGGACCAACUGAGCCUGUGCAUUGUCUUGGUGCAUACUGCUCUGAGCUAAUAUCUGGAACCACAGCCAAUAGGAUUGGUGUUCACACAGCAAUUGACUCAGCUGCAUCAUUUUCAUCAACUCGGCUCCGAUCAGAUACUUUUAAAGGGGUUCUUACAACCAUGGCUGUUCUCCCCUUGAAUCGUCUUCUUCUUUUAGGUGCUGACAGUGGGAUCAUAACUCUACUGUCAUAAAUUGUAAUUAGGUAAAAGUAUCAGGUCCAUUCCCAUAUCUGUGAUAUAUUCCAAAUGUUUGAGAUUAUAUUUUAUCAUCAUUUCGUUAAGUGUCCAAAAAUUGUACCACUUGAAAUUUUUGAACAAUAUAAAGUUUUUUCUAUGAA